GGCGUUUUCCUGCACCAUGGCGCUGCUGGGCAGGCUGCUGUUGCCAGCGUGGGUCACUCUGAGCCGGGGGCAGAGUUGCAGCUCAUCGGCCAGUCUAGAGGGCGCCGCGCGCACGCGCUCCUACUGGCGGUACUUGAGGCGCCUUGUGCGGGGAGCGCCGCAGCCGCCAUAUACACGCGUGUGCCAGGUAGGGGAUCCGGUGCUGCGCACCGUGGCGGCCCCUGUGGAACCCAAGCAGCUGGCGGGGCCGGAGCUGCAGCGGCUGGUGGAGCAGCUGGUGCAGGUCAUGCGACGGCGUGGCUGUGUGGGCCUGAGUGCGCCUCAACUGGGAGUGCCGCUGCAAGUGCUGGUGCUCGAGUUCCCGGACAGGCUCUUCCGUGCCUUCUCACCACGCCUGCGCGAGCUGCGUCAGAUGGAACCCUUUCCGCUUCGUGUGCUGGUGAACCCCAGCCUGAGGGUGCUGGACAGCCGCUUAGUCACCUUCCCCGAGGGCUGCGAGAGUGUCGCCGGCUUUCUGGCGUGUGUGCCUCGUUUCCAGGCAGUGCAGAUCUCAGGACUGGACCCAAAAGGAGAGCCAGUGGUGUGGUCAGCAAGUGGUUGGACAGCCCGAAUCAUCCAGCAUGAGAUGGAUCACUUGCAUGGAUGCUUGUUCAUCGACAAGAUGGACAGUGGGACAUUUACCAAUCUUCACUGGAUGGAGGUGAAUGACUGAAGCUCUUCUUGAAUUGGAAUCUGGAAACCCAGCAUCCAGGCCAAGGUGGUCACAUCUUGUGCUUCAGCUGGGAACUGGCUCCAGUCUGACAGUAAACAGUGGACUGACUGCUGGUGUGUGCUGGACUGAGAUAAGUGAUAGAAAUUCUUGCCCUAAAAUCAGAUCUGACGGAAUGAUUACAGCACGAGUACAGAUAGCCCCUUGAAGGAGGCGCAGCUACUUCCUCACAGUUUCCCACGGAGAGAAGUGGGCAGGUAAACAUUCUCGGUGCAAAUGACUUCGUGAGACAACACAUUCUACCCCCACAGCCAAUGCUUGAUAAGAAGGUAGUCCAGAUAUCUGAAAGUUCUGUUUUGUUUUUUGGGACAGGGUUUCUCUGUGUAACCUUUGCUGUCCUAGAACUCACUGUGUAGACCAGGUUGGCCUUGAACUCAAAAGAUUUAACUGCCUCUGCAUUCCUGAGUGUUGGGACUGAGGUGUGUGGGACUGAGGUGUGUCGAACUGUUGCAAGACUGGAAGGCUGUUUUAAAGUGUGGUGGCACAUCUUUAACUCCAGUCCUCUGUGCGCGGAGAGGCUGAUGAUUGAGGAUAGCUAGGCACUUAGGCUAGAGUAUUUGCUCUUGCAAAUCACUAGAGUUGAAUUCUGAGUGUUUACAUCAGACAGCUCACUGCACCUGUAACUCCAGCUCCAGGGAGUUGAGUGCCUCCUCCUGGCCUCCGCAGGCACUGUUCCCUGCACAGAGAUAUAAUUAAAAUCUAAAGAACAAAGCGUC